UCGUCAUUCUCGCUGCCUUCUCGGUGAUGCGCUCCAGAGGGAAAAGCCGCACGAAUCGCUGCAGUUCAGACGCGCAAGAAGCGAAACUGCUCAUUUUCUGCGCCACCUCACGUGAGAGCCGCCUGCGUGGAUUACCGUCCUGGUAGAGCCCGAACUCACACGAGCAGGAGAGGACGCAUCUCCGUCGCUUAAGACCGAAUUCGCAUCAGCGUCGAAAGCGGCCGACGCAAAAGUACAGUUUUUUUUUUUACAGGUUUAACUCAGUCUUUUGAGACUUUAGGACAAGUCCAGAAUACUGCGGAUCUUCCCUUAAGACGCGUUAAGUUUUUACUCCGAGGAUCGGUCUGUAUGCACGCGUGGAGCGGAGGUAAACUGCGCGCUGUUCCUGGAUGAGAAAGCCCAGGGGCGCACACUUGGGGAUCUAACCUGAACGCACGGGAUCCGGGAUGUAGUUUUGCGCGGAGCAGAAGAAGGAGGAUUUGGACUUCAGGAAUGAACUUCGUAAGAAACCUUUGGCCACUUUCUGUGAUUUAAAGACCCGCCGAGCCAUGGGUUGAAGGCGACGAUGGUAGACUGCGGGGACAUUCAACGUGGGAAGGAGCGGAAUUUUCUGUGUUAUGUAAUGAUUGACAACGCCUGAUCAUUAGUAGUAGAUCAUAUCCAGCAUCACCUCCCCCACUACCCCUUCCCCCCUCUAUGUGUAGGAGAAUAAAGAGUGGUUGAUGUCGGUGUGAUUGGGCUUCAGAAGUAUGAGCGGGUCAAAGAUCAGUGGAUAUUUUUUUUUUUUUUUUGAUCAUGCGACCACCAAGGCAAGUGUGAGUUCAUUAUAGAUCAUUUUGAAGCUUCAGUUAGACUAUACUCACGUCUGUCACCCCCUCCCCUCCUAAUCCGAGUCUGUUUUUAAUCAUUUUGUUCUGUAAAUUAUCAUUAAUCAUGACGACCCAAACUCCUGACCCAUCUCAUGCUGAUUUCAAAAUGACUGUGAUUCCAGGAAAUCAGACAAUCAUGAGCUUUUUUCUGAGCGCCGAACUCUCUUCUUUGCUCUGUGACGUUUUCAAAGGCUACUAAGAUGCUAUAAUGCUCAUUUUCGCCCUCACAUUUGGGGACAUGUAGUCACUCAGAAAUUCUGACCCUCUUCAUCUCUGUGACUUCCUGUAUCUGAACAUCAAAAGCCUAUAGUCAAUCUCCGCCAGAGCCUUCGGUGGUCCCUCCCUCCCCCCAACUCAUCAGGGCUGGUGGGGGGGGUGGAUCUCGGCCCCUCGGGGUCGAAACUGUAUCUGGUGGUGGUCUUACCCCAAGGGUAAGGGCUCCCACCAUGGAGACCAGCCCAGAGAGCCCGAACAGGGCAGUGGAGUACCUCCUGGAGCUCAACAACAUCAUCGAGAGCCAGGCCAAGCUCCUGGAGACGCAGCGGCGGCGCAUCGAGGAGCUGGAGGGCCAGCUGGACCGGGUCAGCCAAGAGAACCAGGACCUGAGGCAGGAACGCAGCCCGCGCACCCCUGGACCCGACACCCCGGAGCAGAACCACAACCACAGCCAGCCUCUGUCCCUCCCGCUCCAACACGGCAGUGGAGCUGGGGGCGGCGGCGGCGGCAGCGGCGGGAACGGCACCGCCUCGGCGCCUCAGGUGGCGUCCGGAUCCGCCACAACUCCAGGGCCCAGCAGGGAGAGGAGAAGCCACACCAGGCUGACGCGAGGCCUCUCCUGCAGCUCCUCCACCACAGAGAGGGAUCGGCUAGAGCGCACUGACAGCACAGACACCAACACCAGUGCCACCUUACGCAGAAAUGUGGAAGGGGAGUCCCAGUGUCCAGAGACGGGCACCCACAAGGACAGCUCUUUCAGCCAGUCGCCUUACCUUCGCGGCUCGGAGCACUACAGUGACAGCAGCGCCGCUCCAUCCGGUUCCAGGGGCCCUUCGUGCGUGGCCGCCUCCAGCUCAGCCAGCUUGGCCUGGGCUCUGCGAACGCGCCACCAACCUGCAAGCCUGGCCCUACGCAAGCAAGAGGAAGAGGAGAACAAGAGAUGCAAGGCCCUGUCGGACAGUUAUGAGCUCUCAACAGAUCUGCAGGAUAAGAAGGUGGAGAUGUUGGAGAGGAAGUACGGGGGCUCCUUUGUAAGCCGCAGGGCUGCCAGGACCAUUCAGACGGCCUUCAGACAGUAUCGCAUGAACAAGAACUUUGAGCGUCUCAGGAGCUCCGCGUCAGAGAGCCGCAUGACCCGCCGCAUCAUCCUGUCCAACAUGAGACUGCAGUACUCCUUUGAUGAGCGACAGCCUCAGCAGCAGGCCCAGACACAGACCAACUUCACCCACAGUGUGGCCAUAGGGCCUCCUCACUCCCCUGAUCCAGACCGCCCAGGAGACUACACCCACUUGGAGGACUCCUUCUCCAAACAGGUUAAUAUCGUAGUCAAGUCCUUGGCUGACUCCAUAGACGAUGCCCUUACCUGCCGCGCGGGUCGCGAUGACUCCCAGGAGGGCAGCAGGGAAGGAGGGGGAAUCAGUGAAGACUUUGGGGAGUGCGUGUGGAGCAGCAGCAGCAACCCCUCCUCCCAAAGAGGCCUGGGAGAACGAGGCCGGGGUGCCGGGGGCGGACUCAGUAUGCAUGGCGACAGUACGGCCACCUCGUACAGCGAUGUCACCCUUUAUAUGGAUGAUGGCAUGCCCUCCUCCCCGCUGUCUCUUGACCGGGCACCUAGCAGCACGGAUACAGAGUACUGGGGCCCCGGGGGGGGUGUGGGAGGACGUGAGGACAGCCGGGACACGGAGGGAGGGGGCAGCAGCAACAGUCGUCGCAGCACCCCGUGUACAGAGUGCAGGGACUAUCGUCUCAGGGGCGCACAUCUGCCUCUGCUCACUAUUGAGCCGCCCAGCGACAGCUCGGUGGACAUGAGCGACCGCUCGGACCGCGGCUCUCUGAGCCGACAGCUGGUCUACGAGCAGGAGCCUGGGGUAGGUGCAGGCUCCCCUCAGGGAACCCUCAAACACUCUCCCAGCACGGGCACCCGUCCCUCCUCCACAGCAGCCGCCCAGGGUCAGACCCGGGCUCCCGGAAGACCCAUACCCACGCAUAUCCCACACCAGGUGGCAGCCCACCACCACCACCAUCACCACCCGAUCCACCACCAUCAGUACCCCGACACUCCUUCGUCGUCCUCCUCCCCUCAGCAGCCCCCCACCACCCCUCUGUCGUCGUCCUCCUCUACAGCUCUGCCCCCUGGAGGUCUGGAGCAGCCGUGCUGCUCCGACGGGGACAACGACUCGCUCAACUCCACGACCAACUCCAACGAGACGGUCAACUGCAGCUCAGGCUCCUCGUCUCAGGACAGCCUGCGGGAACCUCUGCCUCCCCUGGGCAAGCAGACGUACCAGAGAGAGAGCCGCCACAGCUGGGACUCUCCGCCCUUCAACAGCGAUGUGGUGCAGAGACGUCAGUAUCGCAUUGGUCUCAAUCUCUUCAACAAGAAGCCAGAGAAAGGGAUCCAGUACCUGAUAGAGAGAGGUUUUGUGUCGGACACUCCUGUUGGGAUCGCUCGCUUCAUCCUGGAACGAAAGGGUCUCAGCAGGCAGAUGAUUGGAGAGUUUCUGGGAAACCGGCAGAAGCAGUUCAACAAAGACGUUUUAGACUGCGUGGUGGAUGAGAUGGACUUCUCAGGAAUGGACCUGGAUGAUGCUCUGAGGAAGUUCCAGGCUCAGAUUAAAGUUCAAGGAGAGGCCCAGAAAGUGGAGAGGCUUAUAGAGGCUUUCAGUCAGAGAUAUUGCGUGUGUAAUCCGACGCUGGUCCGCCAGUUCCAAAACCCCGACACCAUCUUCAUCUUGGCCUUUGCCAUAAUCCUCCUCAACACAGACAUGUACAGUCCCAACGUCAAAGCUGAGAGGAAGAUGAAGCUAGAUGAUUUCAUCAAGAAUUUGAGAGGUGUAGACAAUGGUCAGGAUAUACCCAGGGACCUGCUGGUUGGGAUCUACCAGCGAAUACAAAAAUGGGAGCUACGGACCAAUGAUGACCAUGUCUCCCAAGUGCAGGCAGUUGAAAGAGUCAUUGUGGGCAAGAAGCCUGUGCUAUCUCUUCCGCAUCGUAGGCUGGUGUGUUGCUGCCAGCUCUAUGAGGUGCCUGACCCCAACAGACCACAGAGGACAGGAGUGCACCAGCGAGAGGUCUUUCUCUUUAACGACCUGCUGGUGGUGACCAAAAUCUUCCAGAAGAAGAAAACCUCAGUGACUUAUAGUUUCAGACAAUCUUUCCCUUUGGUAGAGAUGCAAGUGCACAUGUUCCAAAACUCAUACUACCCUCAUGGCAUUCGCCUGACCUCAGCAGUCCUGGGUGGGGAAAGAAAGGUUCUUAUCGUCUUUAUGGCCCCCAGUCAGCAAGACCGCACCCGCUUUGUUAGCGACCUCAGGGAGAGCAUUGCUGAAGUGCAAGAGAUGGAGAAAUACAGGGUAGAGUCGGAGUUAGAGAAACAGAAAGGUGUGAUGCGGCCCAGCUUGCUGAGUGGAGGUGUGGUUGGAGGGGGUGUAGGUGUGAAGAGCGAUGUCGUAAAUGGCACCCUUGGAAGGACGAGUUUUGAUGACACCUGUUCAGUGGGUGAGGGUCUCAAACGCACGGCGCUCAGCUCAUCUCUCAGGGACUUAUCGGAGACAGGGAAACGUGGUCGCAGGAACAGUGUUGGUUCUCUGGACAGUACCAUGGAAGGCUCCAUCAUUAGCAGCCCACAGCCACACCAGCGCUACCCAGUGCCAGGUGUGCUCCCUGGCUGCUACGGAACAGAAGACUUCCGGCCUCACCGCCCCAUCCUGAGCCCCGGAACGGGGGUGGGGGGUGGGCCGGGGCAGCAACAUACCACUGCUGGGACAGGAGUUGGGGGAGUCUCCAGCAGUGUAGAGAGAGCAGGAGCGGGGAGCGGCCCUGGGGGGAGCAGCAACAACAACAGCGGUUCCUUCCUGGGCUCACUAUUCGGCAGCAAACGCGCCAAACCACCAGGGCCCCUUAUACCACCGGGGCCACCAUACCCCGCGCCUGUCCCCCCACCGACUACGGGAGGACCCCCUCCUCACUCCCCUUCAUCUCUAUGCCAGUUGGAGGGGGGGGCUUCCAAGAUACAGGCACUGCACGCACAGUACUGUCACGCGGGCACCGUGCAGCCGCCACCACCUUACUACCAUCACCAUCGCUACCACGUCCAAACUGUCCCUCCGCCUUUGCAAGGGGUGCCCCCUCAUACUAUACAGAGAGGCCCACUACCCUGUCGGCCACCGCUUGGCCCGCCACACGGCCAGCACCCACAGCUGGCCCAUCUCUCCCAGCUCUCACAACAUGGGCUUCCGGGUCGCUACGCCAACAUGGUGGUGGGGUGUCCCCCCCCCCUUUCUCCUCUCUCCCAACUAUCCCAGAACCCACAGUUUGCCCUCUACCACGCACAGCCCACACACUCUGUCAGAGGGGGCGGCGGCCCUGGUACCAAGCCCCCACUAACCUUGUCUCACUCCCACCCGCACCCACACGCACACUCCCAAACCCACCCCGGACACGUGCACACACCACACCCAACCAGCCAUUCUACCCACCAAACACACUUCAUAUUCGGCACGCUGCCCCACAACCUUCCGUCCGCCUCCGUCAAUGCGCAUCACGCAGCCUCCGCCGGCCCGUAUCUGCCCCAGUACCCUCCUCUCUCUUCCAUCCCCCCUCCCCCACCACACUCCCCUUUACCCCCCCCUUCGUCCCCCCUUACCCCUCUUACACCUCUCUCCCCUCACCCCCCCCAGCACCCCGGGCAGCCUCAGCAGGGGCCGCAGGUGACGGGGGCUGGAGCAACAGGUACAGGGGGCAGCUCCAAAUCCAAGCCUAUCAACCGGAUAAGUACCGUGGUGUGAGCAGGAUGUGGGGCUCCAGGGUUCAGAGGUCAGAUAACAGAGUGGAGGAGGUGGGCAGGUCUCGGUCUAGAACCAAGUCUGCCCGGACAGAAAGUAACAGCAGCAGCGCUAGCGACAAGAGGAAACGCAGUUUGCUCCGUCUCUGUUACUUCCACCUCCGCUUCCCACAUAUGUAGGCGGAGACAGCAAAGCACAGCUCGAGUCAGACGGCACGAGCACACAUCCUGGAAACCUGCAGAAACACACAUUUCUGCACACAAUCAAAAAAAAAAGCCUAUAGCCAUAUAAUUUAAGAUGAAACUAAAUUUAUAUAUACAUAUAUAUAUAAAUAGAUAUAGAUAUAUUGCCUCAAUUUUAAUUGUUUGAAGUCUAAUUGAUUUACAUGUACAGUACCAAGAUGUGAUAAUGUGAGAAAACAGAGACCAUAUGUAUCCACCUGCUUACACGGAGAUGUAAAUAAAGACUAAACUACCAAAUACAUUCCAGCGGAGUUUGGCAUUGAAAACAGCAGAAAGUUGCAAAAAAAAAAAAACGCCCCUCGACUUUGCAAUAAUUUUCUUGGCUUCAUGGUGUCUCUGUCAAUUCCUGCAGGUUACGCUUCGCUGUCAGGACAUCUUUUUUUUUCUUUUCUUUUUUUUCACUCACUUCCUGUUGCUUUGUCUUAAACUUCUACAACCAGUGCACGGUUUUCCGGACAGUCAUUUGCUUAAUGGUCUUUUUACAUGUCAACAGGAGUCAGCGGGCUUUAUAAUGCAUUCCUUGUGGGGGUGUAACGGAAUCAGUGAUACAAACAAUCAUAUAUUUUGAAUGUUUCUGAAGCUUCUUGCUGUUUUAUUGGUAGUAUAAUAUACCUGCUAUGAGUAUGAUGAAUAUUGUCCAAUAAUUGUUUUGAUCAGUGAUUAAUUAUAUCAGCAGAUGUUUGUACAUGGUUAUAGAGAGUAUGUGCACAUACAAAUUCCCUCCCGUCUGCCAUAACCACUGGAGGGUUUUCUGACAUGUGACGUGUGAUUUAUUUUCAUAGUACCACGGUUUCCAUUGAGUUCAUCUUUUAAUAAUUAGUAUUAAUGACUGUUGAAAAUAAUGAAGGAUGUUUCGUUCAAAAUGAUUUGAACACUGACUAUAUUCCUCCUUUUUUGUUCUUUAAAUGGGGGUGACUAACAAGACUUGAAUUUGCAGAUUGAAGUUAGUGUUUUAUUUAAUUUUUUUUCUUCUCAGUUUUUUCUUCUCACUCUCUCAGUAUUGCAAAACAUGCUUAAAUGUGGUUAUGGAAAUUAGAAAAAAUCGUAACCAUGCAGGGCCGCUGUGCCCCGCUUCCUCUCACAGUCAGCAGAUUUAGUCAUUGUGCGUUUUCCUUUGUUUUGAAUGAAGCACGCUUUUACAUGAGGUUUUGUGGUUUUGCCCACGUGAUGUCUUAAGUCAAAAAUGGCCUUCUUCUAAUCCUCCCUCUCCUGCCACUUUCAGAAAACUCUUAUUCCUUUAUCUGAUGCCUUGGCAUCUAGCUGAGGGCUCAUUGUUUUACAACACAACAACAUUCAAGAAUGUAAAAUAGCCUACAGGUGCAUAUUGUAUUUCCUGUUCCUUUCUUUUCCCUUCUCCACGGGCCUUGUGUAAGUGUUAAUCCCUUUUGCUACUGCAGUUUUCGAAGCACUGAUGUAGUUUACCUUCAGUGCCACUGAUUGCCAAGGGAAAACUACAUACAUAUUUGGAUUCAGGAGAGAAUGAAUGGGUGAGGAUAAGACGGAAGAAGCUGCUGAAAAAGAUGCUAAAAUUUGAGAUCCAAAUCAUUAAAAUGGGAUUUUAAGAAGGUUCGGAAAGUAGGUCUGGAGAGUCAAGAAUGUCAAAAUGAAUAUUUUAUAAGUAUGCGUUGGCUAUCCUUUUCUUUUUAUGGUGUCCUUUUUGACUCUUCUUGCAUGAAUAUAUCUGCACUUAUUAAAUAGAUUGUACUGUAUAAACCUGAAUGUACAUAUUAUAUUAUACAUAGGCUUCUUAUCAUGAACAUGGGAUGAACAUCUCCCAUUCUGUAUUGAGGUGUGUGCAUGUGAGUGCCACUAAGUAUGUACAUAUAAAAUAAGGACAGGGACAGGACAUGUUGGCAAAAGGAAUAUUGACCUCUUUUUCUUUUCUUAUUAUUUCAGACUGAAGGUGAGAGAAUGAGUUGCCGUGUUAUAAAUUUAAGCCUAAAAAACAGUUUAUAUGUCGGUGCACUUAUUGAUAUUAUUUUAAAGAAAUGAUUUAAUGUUUUUUCUUUGUGUAUGUAUUAUGUGUACUGAAAGAAUAGAGAAUUGAGAUGUGAAUAUUUAUUGCUUCUGAUAAAUUAAAAGUGUCCUUGCAGUGA